UCUCCAAGCUUCUCCCAGGCUCCUCCAGAGCCCAGCACGGCUGGGAAGAAGCCCCAGGAGGAGGGUCCUGCUCUGGACCCUGCGUCCUGGGUCUGUGCUGGCUGCAUGUCAUCUUGGUUGGGGACAGUGCUGUGGCCCCUGCUCAGCCCGGAGAGAAGCUUGAGGCAAGUCCUGGGGACCACAGCCAUUUCUGAUUGAGGAAACGAGGGGCGGGGGUCUGCCCAGAGGUGCUCAGUACCACUCUGAGCACUCCCUGCCUGGCCCCAAAGCCCAGGCUUUCCCACUUCAUUCUUUGUCUGUGCCAUGUGGGAGCGCAGGGCACACCAGGGGUAGAGCCAGGCCCUCCCACCUCUGCCCAGGCCAAGGGUGCGCAGUGCUUAAUCCGUCCCUGGGAGGUGACCCGUGUGUGGAAUUUGCUGGGCAGCCCAGGCUAGCCAAGCUCAGGAUGCACGAUUUCUCUCCAGGUCAAUCAUCCCUCAGCGCCCGAGGCCCUGCUCCCCGCACAGACUGCUGCUCGCUUCCCAUGGAAGCCUCCAUCUGGGAGUAGCGGGCGGGCCACCCGGGGGCCCUCGUUGCCCCCAGCCCCACACACUCUGGGAGGUUUGUGAUCCUCUGAGAACUCGCCCCAGCUUCCUCCACGUAAGGAAGCUCUGGCUGCAGAGAGGCCAGUGCCAUCGGCCCUAACUGGAUCUCAGUGUGCACUGUGCUGGGCUAUUUGGGCAGCGAGCGUCCAGCCUGGGCAUUUCUUCUGCAUUUUACAUGCCCACGGGGCCUGUUCCUUGCGCCUGUCUGGUUGUGUCACAUCACGGAGGGUUUCUCAGGGCGGCCGCAGGCUCUGUGCACGGCUGGGGCAGCGUUCACAGCACAGCUGCUGCCAGGCCCCGUGGUGGAGGUGCUGGCCUGAGGCCCUGCAGGGCAGAGUGCAAGGGCCAGCAGCGGACCUUUGAACAUGGCCAUGUGCCCGGGUCAUGCAGGUGGACAGCAGCCAGGCCAAAGAGGCCUGCUAGGCGCCACCACCUCCAGGAAUGUCCAGAGGGGCUGCACGUGCAAGGCAUGUGACAGUUCUGUGCAUGUGUGUGCGUGGAGUGUGCUCAGGGAUGUGUGUGUGUGUGCCUGAAAGUGCACGUGGUGUGUGGCUCUGUGUGGGAAUGAGUGUGUGCUACUAUGUACACAUGAAGUUUGUGAGUGUGCAUGCACAUGGAUAGCUGUGUGCACAAAAGGGCACGUGAGUGAGUGAGUGGGCAUGAGUACAUGCAUGUGAUGGUACGCACAGGGCAUGCGUGUUCAUGAGUAUUUGCAUACGGAUGUAUGAACACACGUGUAGGUAAGUGUGCACAGUGCAUAUCUGUGCAUGUGCCUACAGGUGUGUGCAUGUGUCUGUGUGUGUGUGUGUGUGUGUGUGUGUGUGUGAGACAGAGCCCGCUGCCGGACAGUCCAUGCCAGCAGGACACUGGUGUGUGAGCUAUGAAGAUGCUGCGGCUGUCCUUGCCAGCUGCCCCCAGGCCGCUGCACCUGCAUCAGACCUUGCGUGUCCCAGGCUCGGCCUGUGCUGCACAUGGCAAGGCUUCUCGUCUUCAAAACUCGGCUUGGGUGGCGCCACUCUGGCCUCUGGGCCCUGCUGGCUCCCCACGAGGCGGGGCUGUGCAUUUUGCUCCUGUGUCCUCGUGCCUAUGCCCGGCCUGGCCCUCUGGGCAGUCUCUGCUGCAGGCUUUCCCACACUGUACACAGAGCAGUGUCCAGGCUGCCUGCGCCUCCACCUCCCUGUCUGCAAAAUACUGAGCCUUGCACCUGCCAGUGGCCCCUGUCCUGUCCUCUCUCCAUCUCAGGGCCCCGCCCUGCCUUUCCUGCCAAGACACGGAUUUGUCAAGUGAGCACCGCGGCUCCACCGCACACAUUGGUGAGUCCCACCAGGAGACCAGACCCCAAGACGCAGCGUGGCACAGCUCCUUCCCUGCAGUUCCCCUGAGCAGGGACCACUGCGCAGCCUGGGCCAGGCCUGGCAUCCUGCCAUCUCCUUGUUACACCGGGGGAUGAGCAGCCACUGGGAUCUUAACUCAACCCCAGAAAUAAAUUAGAGGGAUGCAGCUUAACGGAAGGAAGACGCUUUAUUUGCGAAGAAGAAAAGGGGAAAGAAAGAAGACAACUGCUCUGAUAGGAAAGAAUCGGGGCAGUGGCUCUGGAAGGAUGGAGGAGCCCUGGGCACCUUGUUCCCAGCUGUCUUUCUGGGGGUGACUCUGCCCCAGCCGGAACUUGCCAUAAUUGGACCGGCUUCAAGGCACCUCUGCCUAAUGUCCUUUCUUCUGGAGUCUACAUGUAGCUUCUUUCUCUCCCUGUUUACUUGCCUUGACCCACCUGCCAAGGCCUUCCCUCUGGGGGUUGCCAGUGUACUGGGGCCUCCUUACUCAGCUUAGGGCAGUAGCAAGGGCUGUGGCAGUCUACCGGACUCCUCACCAGCCUAGAGGGCAUAACACGUGACCACAGGAUGAGCGCGUGCGUAGAAGUGGCUGUCGGAGCAGAGGUGUGGGCACAGGCUGCCCGAGGCAGGCGCCCCCUGCUUCCGCUUUGGUUACUGGGGGUGGGUGCAGCCCGGUCUGUCAUCUGUAUGCCCGGCUUUCUCCUUGUGUCCUGCCUAUUAGCUCUUUUCUGGGUCUCUUGGUGCAGGCCCCAAGGCCACUUGGUGUCUUUGUCUGUACUUUUCCCUGCCCCGUCGCUGACUGGCUUCCAGGGCAGUCUCCCUGGUACAGUUCGCUUUCAACACCUUCCGGGCAGCAUUUGCUGGAGUGAAGGAGGUGCGGUCCCAGCUCCCCAUCCGCAGCCAGCUCGGCUGGGGACUGCGCACAGGCAGCAGUGACCUAAUGAAAUGUUAACACAUCAUUAAAGUGAUUUUCGAUAAGCACAGUUAACAGUGUGAUAAGCCACUCCUGGCUGAGUCCACACUGAAAACAAUCACUCCCAAUCAGCAUUGAUGCCCAUGAAGGUCACGGGACUCAAGUGCAGCCUGGCAGGGCACAACUGCCACCUGAGACCAUCGCUGGUCACAGAGCUGGGACACUGCCAGGUGCCCCGCUGGACUCCAGUACCCUGAGACUCAAUAUGUGAGGACACAGGACAUGGGCUGGGCUGGGGGCCAGGGGGACCCUGGGGUCUGUGUCCCCAGAGGGCAGGGGAUGCAGGAAGAGGCGUUGCUGGCCCUGGCCUGACUCGGUAAUGACCCCACCACCACCACCAGGCUGUGACUCUGAGGGGAGUAAUUUCCUGGCGCAUGAGUCCACACUUCUGUGCCCUGGGAAAAGGGCAGAAAAGGCCUAGGGUCUGUGACUGGGGCCAGGUGGGCAGGCCGUGGGUGAAGAGGGACACACAGCAGUGUUCUGUGUGGAUCAAAGGGGCCAUGCUGCUCAGGGACAGCAGAGCUGAUCUGUGCCCAUCACCCAUGUCCACCCUGCUCACAUCACGGCCAGGGAACAGCCCAGUGAAGAGCCCGCUUCAUGCCACUGCGGGGAAGCACAGCAGGGACAGGGAGGGCACUGGAGCCUGGGAUCCAUGUGGCCUGCUGGAAGGUCCAGGCCUCGAGGCUACGAAAGCUGGACUCAGACCGAGGCCAGAUCUGCCCUCAGCUGCUUUCAUCUGGAACAGCAUUCCCCUGCCCCACUCCCCACGCGGUCACCUGCUGUGGGAUGGUAAAGGUCCUGAAACCCAGAGGGCGAUGAUCCAGCCCGGCUUCCUCUUCCAGCAGCAAAGCCCUCGGCCAGUGCAGCUGGGUUCAAAGGGACAAAGGAGCCCCAGCUGGGGACAACUCUGCUGCCUGUGCCGGUGCCGCCAUCUCCCUGCUCUGCAGCCCGGGGACCCCAGCAGUGCAGAUCACGAUGCCCCACAGUCUCACCGUCUGCAGCUGCUGCCCAGGCCUCCGUCUCCACUUGGUGGCCGCAUCCUCUCCCCAUGGCUGUCGCGGUCUUCUCUCUGUGGCUCUGUGGCCCGGGCUCCUCUUCUCGUCCGGACAGAGAGGGAAAGCAAGGCAGGCGGCUUCUCAGAGGCACCACCUCCGGCACACAGGCUGACCACUCCUGCAGCCCACUCCCACCACGAGCGGCCCAACCUCGCUGCCCUGGAAUGUUCCCUGGUGGCCCAGCCAUCUGCGGGUCCAGGGCUGGAGAACUCGUCACCAUUGAGGUCCUGCUGCCUGGGACAGCCCUCCGGAGUCCUGUGGAAGCCUCGCAGAGCACUGGGAUCACAGCACGCACAUCACAUCCGGAAAUCUGCUUAUCUUGAAGCCAGCUGGUAGCUCCUUGUUUCCCCUUGCCACGCUCCCAGCGCACAGUGUUCAGGGAUCAGGCCUGGGCAGCUCUGGGGGCGGACACCAUGCCCCAGACCUCCUCCUGGAGCUCGGUCACACUGCUCCACGGUGAGUGUUACUCCACCGGGUGAGCACCCAGAGGACAGUUCCCACACCUAUGACCAGGUGGCAGCGAGACAGUGGUGCAGUGACCAGCAGGGCUUGCUGGGGGAAGUGGCACCCUUGGCUCAGACACCUUCACCCUGGACUUCAGCCUCCCGGCUGUGAGACCAGAGCUGGCUGGGGUUUAAGUUGCUGAUUGUCAUGGCAGCCCCUGCAGUCCAGGACACAGGAUGUAAAACCAGGCCUGUGGUGAUCUGUAGCAGCUGGACCUUGGAAACAGCCUGAAUGUCCAUCACCCGAGGAACGGGUAAAAAUCUUUUCACGCAGAGGAGUGCUGCUCGGCCGUGAAGAAGGACACACUGGAGACUUUUAUAGGGAAAGGGGUGCGAGCCGAGAUCACACGCACAAGUGAGGCAAACUAGACUCCCGAGUGCAAACACCGGACUGUCCCAGAGUGUGAGAAGCUGAGAGAGUAAAUGAGACCCAAAUGCACACUAGAUAUUGUACACAAAAGGAAUGAGAAACGGGUGAAAGGAAGGGUGGGAAAUGGAAAAAAAUAUACACACAAGGAGGGUGAGAUGGGAUACCGCUGGUUGGGAUCAGUCCGUUGGGAAGGGAAGGUUUGUUUCCUGCCUGGGUCUUGUAAUCUGAGCUCCUUGGAAGCCAACAGUGCGCCUGUCACCUUGGUUGAAAUUCUGUAUCAUUGUUGCUCUAGUUUUUCUGUUGAAUCUGGGCUGCAGCAUAGAGCUGUUCCAUGAAGGUGACAGCAGCACCUGAGAGCUAGCGACCAUCAUUCACUUGUUCGCUUGACAGGAAACGCAGCCUGGGCGCCCGGGGAAUCCCUGCCACAGAAAGGGUGGAUAGGGUGGGCUCAGUCCGCAGGGCCUCUCCUGCAGGGCUGGCAUGGGAAAGGGACAGCCCUGCCCCUCCACGGUGACAGCCUCAGCUCUGCUCCAAGGCCUCAUCUACACUAACUGCUCAUUUCUCACCCUGUGGGGACUGCAGGCCAGUGGACCCAGUGGGGGAAGUCACCAGGGGUGGCCACCGCCAGCUGGGCAGCCACUUUCCAUGCCCACAGCUCAUCAGGAGGAGUGUAGCCCUGGCCCACGCCUUGUCCAGACCUGACCAUGAAGUCUCCUUGUGUUCAAGCUUCCACAUUCUGGCCAGGAUUUGUGUCAGUGCAGGCUUUCCAUCACAGCCCUGGAGAAUGAUCCGCUGCACAGUUUCCAAAUUCGCGUCUUCAUUUCAGGAAGAUUGUCUCCUGCGAUGUCUGCAAAUAUCAUUUCUGUUCCAUGGUAACAUUCUCCUUUUUAGGGUCACUGACUGCUUCUUUGGAAUCUCUAGAGAAAAAGAGCCCUGGAGGGCUCGGCACCUCUCUGGGGACCCCGGAUCUCUGUUCGGACAUCUGCCUGUCCCCUUUGUGGCCUGGCUUUAAUGAAUAUGCUCAGGAUUUUGCCACCCUAUGCCUCCACAGUAUGGCCUCCUGCCAUGCCAAGACUUACGCAGGAGCCAGGCCAUGGUGCAUGGGGUCCCCGGCUUCCUUCCUUGAAGAUGCAGGGCCGAGGCUGCGCCCCUCAGAGACACUGCCUGGGGCUCCUGGCCCUCCUCUGCUUCCGUGCCCCGCUGUCUGCACAGCUCUUGGGCUCUAAGGGGAAGCCCAGAUCUUCUCCGGUUCUGUGCCUCACAUUGGCUGGCACAGCCCUGUGGACAGCAUUGCCAUAGUGGCCGCAUGGACAGUGGUCACUGGAGGUCAGCCCAAAAUGCUUCAGGGUGGAGUAGAGGAGGCUGCAGGUGGACAGGAGGGGCUGGGGCUGGGGCAGCAGUGGCGGUGCAGGGAAGGGGCUCAGGGUUGGGCAUGCAGGACAUUGAUGUGGCGGAGACCUCUCCUUUGCUGUCUGAGCCGCCCCAGGUCUGCAUCCUCCUGUGCUAGCUGUACCACCAGCUCCUGGUAGCAGAAUAGGGCCUGAGGGCAUGGCCUCCCCAGGGACCUUGGAGCAGGCCUUGUCCUGGGUGCUGUGGGGCUGCCAGGGCCUGGCCUUGGCUCCCAUCUCCACCACUGCCAUGUGUGGAACCAACUCAGCCCAGAGCAUCCCAGAGUGAGGGACUUUCCAGAACUCCUGAUGAGGGCCAGUUAGGCUCCUGAUGGUGGCGGAGCCCCGAGUGUUCCUCUAGGCUCCCUGCUGGCUCCUGUCUCUCUACUCUCCUCUGCCAGGAACUGGAUUUGCUGAGCUGGAAGAGGGGGACCUGGAGGACCAACUUCUCACUCCAGAAUCAAUUUGAAAUAAACCGAGCACUUUCCAUGCGAAUUGAUCUUAGAUGCUGGCCGGAUUCCUGGAUCUCAGCUCCGAGACAUUUUCACGUCCCCAGCACCUGGCAAGCCCCUGUGCUAUGUGGGACUUUGGGUGAAGGAUGCAGAGACUCUUGGACCUCGGGCUCCUGUCUGCAAACCCAGACCAGUGAUGGCCUGCACGUUGCAUCCUGAGGCAGGCAGGGCCAGGUUUCCUUGCACCAGGGAUGCUGUUGGGGUCUCCCAGACCUCUGUGCCUUGACUGCCCAUUCCUGGGAGCGACACACCCUCUCCCCUCCGGGGACACCCGCUGACGCCUGCAGGACACUUUUUGGAGUGGUUCACAGGAAGACCCUGGGUGAGGUGAAGAGGAAGCUAGCUGGCCUGGGAAGGGGGCCAGCUCCUGCCCUGCUACUGAGUCCUGCAGAGCCCCAAGGAGCCUAUUCUGGGGAGGGGACUCUGCCCAGCUGGUGCCCAGCCUCAUGCCGGGCUCUGGGUGGCACAGGAAGUAGGGAUGGACUGGGGCGACCAGCGUUGAGACCAGAGCCUGGCAGAGGUGUGGGAAGCUCGGCCUGGUGGUGCACUUGUGACCGUGCUGCACAGCCGUGACGGCCAGCACAGCAUCAUCCAAGUGGGGUCAGUACCGGACAUCUAGGCCCCUGGGCUGCUGUCCAGGGCAGGAAAGCUCUGGGUGCUGGCUGUGACUCACGGGCAUCCAGCUGCCAAGGGACCUGCCGGCCUCACAUCCUGUGUCCUGCAGCCCAGGCCUCUCCUUCAAGGGGAGCAUUAGGAAAGGGGGACACUGGGCCUCUGUCUGUUCUCACGGGGUGUGCGGCGGCCAGGGCAAGUGACUCCCAGACUGGGCUUCUGUUUUCCCAUCUGCAGCCUGGGCCCAGGAUAAACUGCAUCUUGCACUGUGGUGGUGGGGGCAGAUCCUGCCCAUCACAGUCACCACCAGGAAGCUGCCUCUCCGCCACCAAAGGGCUCUUGCUCCAAAGGGUGCACGAGGAGCUGCUGCGACGCACACCCUGUGCCAGGCAGUGCUCAGAGGGCACAGCCAGGGGCCUGGCGUCAGACCUGUGCCCUCUGCACAGCUCUGGCAGAUGACUAUGUCUCUAUCCCCAUGCCAGCCUCAGGAUCUCAAGCCGGAAUGGAGCUGCCGGAACAAAUAACCGUGACUUGAAGGCUCCCAAAAGCAGACAGCGUCCUUCACACGCUGAGACGAGGUGCGUGAAGGUGCGGGCUGCCCACCUCGCUCCAAGGCUCUCGGCGAGGAUCUGUGCAUCUCUGCCAGUGACCUGGCUUGGGGCCACGCACUCCUGCCUCUGCUCCAUCUAUACGUGACCACCUCCCCUCUGUGUGUCUCUGCACUCCUUACAAGAACACUGAUCAUCAUGCACAGUGGCAUUGUCUCUCUGUGCCUUCGUGACAGCUUAGACUGGCUCUGUGUCAGGUUGUAUCCGAGGUCCUGGUGUGGGAUCUGGGGGACCCACCCGGCUCGCUGGGCCUUCUGACCCUCACACAGUGGCCUGACCUCGUCCCCUUCCCCUUCCUUCCGGCAGGAAAGCAGAGUCCUGUCUUCCGAAGGUGACUCUCGGCCUGGUUCUGCCUCAGAGCAGGGUGACCCCAGCAGCCUGGAGGGCAGGAGUUGUGAAGAUACAGAGGAUGACGCCUCCACACUCUGGGACCGACUCCAGCCCUGCGAGCCCUCGGGGAUGGGACAGACCCUGAGCCCUCAGCCAGCUGCAGGACUGGGACCUGCAUGUGAGUCCAGACCUUCUGACUUUUGAGAAGCGCAUAUCUGAUUAGACCACGGCCCAUCCAGUCCUCAUGACCACCCAGCUCAGGAGUCCCUAUCACACUGAAUGGCUGGGGAAACUGAGGCCAGAGGGUUGAGUGGGUUUGCCGCUCCUGCUCCCAGCUCCAGCAUCCAUGAGGCCGAGGUGCUGUCACUUCCUCACCGCCUGACCUCCCUCUGCCGUGGCCGCUGCUUGUCAGCGCCGGGGUCCGCAGGCCGCACCUGUCCUGGGUCUAGCUCUCUCUGCUGCUCCCAUCCUGGGUGGGAGGAGGUGCUCUCAGGACCUCAGCAGGGCGUGUUCCGCAGCAUCCCUCCGCGGGCCCGGGGCCGCAUCCUCUGCUGCAGACACCAUAGGCCUACUUGCUUGGCCUGCUUUGAAGGCCGCAGCCUGCCCUGGGCAGCAAGGCCUUGCUGGGCCUGUCAGCAGUAAUCGGGGGUAAAUUAAUGUUUACUAAGCAGAGUCUCACGGGGAGGGAUGGCCAUGAGAACAGUGGAGGCCCGGCCAGCGGAAACCUGAUCCGGGCUAAUUGUGGGACCAGGCCUUCUUGGUCUCCCUGCCCACCCGCUCAAGGUCCUCCCUUGGAUGCUGUUCAAAGGAGCGAAGGAAUCUCCUGCCACCCUGUCCCCUGCCUGCUGCCACCAGCCUGGGCCCAGCGGGAGCGGGGUUUCUGAAUGGGAUCCUAGCGGGCCCUUCCACCCCCCUCUCCCACCUCCCACCCUCCCAACACCCCCCUCCCACGCCUCCUUCCCCACCUGGCCCUGGGGCAUCUCCCUGCUUCUGAGCAAGGGGUGAAAGCUCAGAGAGCUUGAUCACGUCACCCAGGUCACACAGCCGGCUGCGUGGUGGGGCUCACACCCAAAACCAGUUUGCGUUCCCAGGAGCUGCCCUCACACUGGAGCCGGAGCCCAGUCAAGGUGGGCAGGCUGUCUCCUCUGUGAUUCUGGGUGGACCUUCUCCCUGGCCUUUCUUGGCCCUGCACUCUGCCUCCCCUGAGCUGGGGACACAGGCCCAGUGGGGAGACUAUGAGGUGUGUCUGGGGACACUCGGUCCUCUGGUGUGACCUCCCCACACCUGCUCCUCGGUGGCCCUGGGCCCUCUGAGCUGUGGUGUCAUGGGCCAGGGCUUAGGUGGCCACCCCAGGGCACGUGGUGGGGCGAGAUCAGCCGACGCCAAGCCCGAGCUGUCUCCAGAAUUCGGCAGAGCUGGCUGAUCCCACGACAUUGGGGGUGCACCAGAAGUCACCUGGGCCCAGGCUAGGUUCAAGGUGGGGGUCUGCAGCCUGGCUCCCCACUGGGCCACAGGGGAGUCCCACAGAGAGAGAGGCCUGGGGCCUGGGCAGAAGCAGAAAGGGUGGGCCAUGGGAUUCAAAGCUGAAGUGUGUCCAGCUGGGCCCUAUGUGGGGCCACUGUGUGGCGGAUAGGCCCUGUCCAUCUGUCAACCAUGUCGCUUUUCAGCCCUGUACCAGAAUCAACAGGCUGGGGGCCACAGGGAGAAGGUUCCCAACCUAGCUCAGUGUGGCCCAGGAGCCCUGCUGGGGACAGCUGAGAAUGCAGCGGUGAGCUCCCCAGCAGCCAAGGCAAUAAAUCCCCAAGGGUGACCGAAGCUGCCUUCAGGAACUGCUCAGCUGGGUUUGAAUCCUGCACCCAUGAGGGAUGCUGAAAGAGGAUCAUAAAGGAUGCGUGUCAUCUA